AUGAACCCGGCAGUCGGAACCCGCGCCUCCCGCCCGCGGUCCAGCCCGGGGCUGCUGCUCCUGGGGCUGCUGCUCCUGCCGGCCCUCGCCCUCGCCCAAGAGUCGUCACUCCCUGCCACCUCCGUCUCGCUCCCGGUGGACUCUGAAGGUGGAGAGGAGGAGGACCUGCAAUGCGUGUGCCUGAAGACCACUUCGGGGAUUCACCCCAGGCACAUCUUCAGCCUGGAAGUGAUCGGAGCCGGGCUCCACUGCCCCAGUCCCCAACUGAUAGCUACGCUGAAGACGGGGAGGAAAAUUUGCCUGGACCAGCAGAAUCCUCUGAAUAAGAAAAUAAUCAAGAGGCUUUUGAAGAGUUAG